UCGCAAGACUUCGACUGUCCUCCUGUUGCCAUGGCAACCGGAACAGCUGAUCGCUUGUCAUCAGUAGAUUUGAGAACGUGUUUUGUCCCAGUUUAGUGGAAGUGAUUCCUUCACCUCUUUUAAAUAACAGCCGCUUCCUGAAGCCAUGGCAGAGGUCCCAAGUUUGGAAGAUGUUCCAGAAGUCUUACAGAGACUGCAGGAACGAGCUGAUCAGGAGGUACAAAAUGAAAAGAAAAUAUUGAAAGAGCAGCAAAAUGAUACUGAUAAGAAAGCCGCAGAACAAAAGAAAAUGUCUCAAAAGUCAUCAGCAACUUUUGGGGGAAUGAAAAAAGGAUUUCUCUUUGGUGGCGGACCCUCUAAACCAUCUCGUCCUAAAAAAGAUAACCAGAGAAGAGCAGACAGUACAGUAUCCCCUGAAGAACUGAAACCAAACCGUUCAAUUCCCACCGAGGAUGUGCCGUUUAUUCGAGCUCAACCAUCGGAAUCUAAUUUGGUGCUUAAAGAAGUACAAGAGGCAAUGGUAGAAGCAAAUGUGUCCAAUGAUUUCCAAGAGAAACUUGCUCUGAGGUUAGAAUCUCACAGUGAUGUAAGGGAUGUUCUCUCAGAUCCAGAAUGGCUUCCAAUUUUAAAUGAAUUCCAGCAAGACCCAGAGGGAGCUAUGAAUAAGUACAAAAAUAAUGCAAAAGUAAAGAAGACUUUACUAAAGCUGUGCAACGUAUUGGGUGACACAUUUCUGCAUAUGGAAAAGAGCAAUUUGACAGAGGAAGAAAAACUAUCCAAGAAUCUGUUGGAAAACCCACAGUUAAAGGAAGCGCUCACUGAUCCUUUUGUGAUGAAAAUUUGUGAUUACAUGAAGGAAGGAGCAAAUGACAAAGUACAAAGGUAAAUAAAGUACAAAGGUGUCUCCAGAGAGCUAACUCAGUACAGACAAAACACAUACAGAUGCUGAUGGACUGUGGGUUGUUUUCUUUUUCUAUGUAGUUAAUGAGUUAAUUAGCAAGAAUGCUUUUACAAAAUGUCUGACUAUAAGUAGGAUUUAGUAGAUUUGUAAUACACUUUUAGUGUGUACUUUGACCAGUCAGCUUCUAGGAGCAUUGCAGACCUCUUUUUCAGGCAGUACUAUAUUCAGUUAUAGUAUAUAUGGUAAAGAAAUCAGUUGAUACGAAGUUAUUAUUUUGGAGUUACAUGUUUUCCUCCUAGAAGGUCACUACUUAUUGUCUCGAGAAGAAAGUGUACUUUAUUAGACUGACUAAAAAGGUCAGAAUGGAUGAAACUGGAGAACUAAAAUGCUCAAAUAUUGUAGUUUUAUUUGAGAAACAGUGCCUUGAAUAACCAUGACAGUAUUACAUAAGUUUGUAGUGAAUGAUUGUUAAACUGACUUGUUGAGUAGUAAAGUUUUAGAUUCUUGAGCUCUAAUAUGUUUGAAGAAUAUGGGCAGUUUAGUAAUUGAAAACCUUAGUGGAAGGGACUUCUUUACAGUUCUCUGCUAUAUAGUACGUCGUUUAAGAUUAUGCUGUACUGUACUACCAGAUUCUAAAUUUCUUUUCUUCUAAGAAAAAAUUAAAGAAUAAAUUAGUGGUCUGCAAA